CUUUGUUUUUUUCCUCAUCUGUUUUCACCAAAACCUUCUAAAGUAGCUUCUGAGAUUCCCCUAUUCUUUCCACAAUCUAAUUUAUGAAGUCCCCACUCCUCCCACCUAUUGAUUGAUCUUAUCUCUAAUAGCUCCCAAUUUUUCUGUUUCAUAUUCACACUAUCAUUGAAUUCCCCUGGCUUAUGAUCUCUCUCAAUCAUCUUCAUUUGUGCUUAAAGUUGCGGUCGCGGUUGAAAUGACAUCGCGAUCCUUGAUGUUGCGGAAAGUCAUGAAUAUAUGUUACUGAUACGGUCACAAUUACGGUUGCAGAUACUUCCAAAACGAUCAUGUCACAGUCACAAUUGCUGUCAUGGAACUUAAUUUUUAAGAUUAUGGCUGCCCUAACCAAUUCUUACUUUAUCUUGGGUGUUAUUAUAUUAAUUCACUUCAGGAAAAUCUGGUGUUAGUGCUGCCUCUAUAUAAGGCACAGCCACAUAUGCACUCAGCUCCAACACAGAUUUGAAGCUAAUGGAUUCUCUCUCUUGGCUCAGCCUUUUUUGCCUCAGUUUUUCACACUUUCCCCUCUUCUCUUCCUCUGCUUUGCUGUUUCAGGGUUUCAACUGGGAAUCAAGUGGCAAAGGAGGAUGGUACAACUCAUUGAAAAACUCCAUUCCUGACCUAGCAAAUGCAGGAAUUACCCAUGUUUGGCUUCCUCCUCCCUCUCAAUCAGUUGCUUCUCAAGGGUAUCUUCCCGGAAGGCUAUACGAUCUUGAUGCAUCAAAGUAUGGCUCCAAGGAUGAACUGAAGUCACUGAUUGCAGCUUUCCAUGAUAAAGGAAUCAAAUGCCUAGCUGACAUAGUCAUCAACCACAGAACUGCAGAGAGGAAAGAUGGGAGAGGCAUCUACUGCAUCUUUGAAGGUGGCACCCCAGAUGCAAGUCUUGAUUGGGGUCCCUCUUUCAUUUGCAGAGAUGACACUGCUUACUCUGAUGGCAAAGGAAACCUUGACAGUGGAGAAGGCUAUGAUGCUGCACCUGACAUUGACCAUCUCAAUCCUCAGGUGCAGAGAGAGUUAUCUGAUUGGAUGAACUGGCUCAGGAAUGAAGUUGGAUUUGAUGGGUGGAGGUUUGAUUUUGUGAAGGGCUAUGCACCAAGCAUAACAAAAAUUUACAUGGAGAAAACUUCACCUGAUUUUGCAGUGGGAGAGUAUUGGAACUCUCUUUCUUAUGGGCAAGAUGGGAAGCCUAACUUCAACCAAGAUGCUCAUAGGGGAGAAUUGGUGAAUUGGGUUCAAUCUGCAGGUGGUGCUGUCAAUGCUUUUGAUUUCACCACCAAAGGGAUUCUUCAAGCUGCUGUACAAGGGGAACUGUGGAGGUUGAAGGACUCAAAUGGCAAGCCACCUGGAAUGAUUGGUGUAAAACCAGAAAAUGCAGUGACUUUUGUUGAUAAUCAUGACACUGGUUCCACUCAGAAACUUUGGCCAUUCCCAUCUGAUAAAGUCAUGCAGGGAUAUGCUUACAUUCUAACACAUCCUGGGACCCCAACAAUAUUCUAUGACCACUUCUUUGACUGGGGACUGAAGGAGCAGAUAGCCAAAUUGAGUGCCAUAAGAGUAAGGAAAGGGAUCAAUAUGAAAAGCACAGUGAACAUUUUAGCUGCUGAUUCUGACCUCUAUGUUGCAGAAAUAGACAACAAGAUCAUAGUGAAGAUAGGCCCAAAAAUGGAUCUUGGAAAUCUUAUUCCCUCAAGUUUCCGCGUUGCUGCCUCUGGCCAAGACUAUGCUGUGUGGGAGUGACUGAAUUGAUUAUAAUGGACAACAUUUGAUAUUUAUCAUAAACUAUCAUGUCCUAAUAUAAUGUCAUUUUAUACGCUGUUUUAUUUACUUGUUCGCCAAAUAUAAUCCUCCUAUUGUUAUUGUCUCUCCUUUAAUCGUACCUUGAUUUAAGGUUGAAUAAAUCUUUUAUUGUAAUGAA